AAAAGACAAACAAGUUUAUGACGCUGCUUGUGCAUAGCAUAUUAGCAUCUAUAAUACCACAUUCCCCACAACCCACAGUGAACAUUCGAAGGAAACAACGAAAAUGGAAGACGUGAUAACAGAAGCAGCACCACCAUCAAGAUUACUAGAAGAAGACCUAAACAAUUUCACACCACCAUCUAAACCUCUUCCUUCACCCUUUCUCAUCUUCCCCCACCCUCAACAACAACAACCCCUCAAACCGAACCUCCUCAUCAUCGCUAUCUCUUCUACUUCUCUCUCCCUCUUCCAAACCAUCCUCAACUACCAAACCCUAACCGCCUCACUCGUCCUCCCUGAACUCCCUCUCUCUGAUCCCGACAACACCAUCGACAUCCACUCCAUCUCAUCUAACAUCCUCCUCGCCGCCGUUCGUACUUCGAUCUCCGAUAUCCGCGCUUACGCUGUCGCUGAGGUUCUACUCAAUGACCGGAUCCGUCCUGAUUCGGUUAUUAUACUCGAUUCUAUCCAGCCGAUGAAUCAUCGCGGGUUACUCUCGUCUGAUGAAGCUGUUGCAUUCAAGCUGGAGAGCUCUGCGGAAAGGAAGAAGGCGCUUGAGGAGAAAUUGUUGGGCGGGUUGGAGUAUUAUCCGUCUGGUAGCGUUGUUGAUGGGCUUGGUGCCGCCAUUCUUGGAAGGUGCCAGAUUCUUAACCUUAGGGCUAGCUUGUGUGUUUCUUGGCCUCAGUUUGAUUCUUCCGUUGUGUUGUUGUUGAAGGAUUUGCUUCGGCAGUUUGAUUUAGGUUUUAAUGGUGACGAGGCUUUGAAAUUUGGGAGGAAUAGGGAUCAUGUUUUCCAAUCUCAUCUGUAUAUUUGAUUUAUGUAUGUGACUCUUUAAAACGUGAUUCCGGAUGAUUUGAAUGUUUUGAUAGAUGAGAUUUUAUGUUAAUUUGUUUGGUACUAUGGUGGUUAUGAAUACAUUGUUAUUGUUUGUCUUGCAA